AAAAAAAAAAAAAAAAAAAAAAAAAAAAAAGAAAAAAAAAACCCUAAUUUUGUUUCAAUCUUUGAGAAUCGGAAAUUUUCUUCAAUUUCUGACUCUCUGUCUUCGAUUUUUUUUUUUUGGGGUUUUAGGGUUUUCAAUGGUGUGAAAUUGACGGUGAAUUAGUGAGAUUUGAAAGGAUCUAGGGUUACGAAGAGACUAGCAAUGGCUUCCUCGGAUGGAGAGCUCGAAGAGCAGCUUCUUCAAGCUGGGAAUAAGCUUGUCGACCCUCCUUCUUCUGUCGACGAACUCCUCUCUCUUCUCGAUCGAGUAGAGAAUUGUCUAUCAAAAGUGGAACAAUCUCCUACCAAAUCAAUGCAGAGUGCACUUUCUCCAUCACUGAAAGCAUUAGUUGCUGAUCAACUCUUUAGGCAUUCAAAUGUUGAUGUGAAGGUUGCGGUUGCCUCUUGCAUAAGUGAGAUAACAAGGAUAACUGCACCUGAUGCUCCUUAUGAUGAUGAUCAAAUGAAGGAGGUCUUUCAAUUGAUUGUAUCUUCAUUUGAAAAUCUAUCUGACAAGUCCAGUCGGUCAUAUACAAAGCGGACCUCGAUUCUUGAAACUGUUGCUAAGGUCAGGUCAUGUGUGGUAAUGUUGGACCUUGAAUGUGAUGCGCUGAUCCUUGAGAUGUUCCAGAAUUUCCUCAAGUCAAUAAGGGACUAUCACCCAGAGAAUGUGUUUUCAUCUAUGGAGACAAUUAUGAACCUUGUUUUAGAAGAAAGUGAAGAUAUUUCUCUAGAGCUACUCACCCCCAUCUUAACUAAUGUCAAAACAGAUAAUGAGGAAGUUCUACCUGUUGCUCGGAAGUUGGCGGAGAGAGUGCUUGAAAGCUCUGGUACCAAGCUUAAGCCUUACCUGAUUCAAGCAGUGCAGACCUUGGGAAUAUCUUUUGAUGAUUAUAGUAAAGUUGUUGCUUCAAUAUGCCAAGAGACUUCUGGUGAUGUUGAACAGAAUGAAGACCGUGGAGCUGGCAUUGAUAUGGCUGAUGAGAGCAAGUCAGUGGGGGCAUCUUUGGAUGAGGCAGCUCAGGAGGAUAAAGAGAAAACAACGGUAUUGGGUUCUUCUGAGCAAGUUGAUCUUGCUGUUGAGAGAUCUCCCAAAUCAUUAAUGAGCAAUGGUGUUGCACCAAUGGCGGAAGAUGACUCUAAGAUAGAUUCGAAUUCCCAAAAGAAGCCAGAGCAUGAUCAUCAAACCGAUCAAUCCAUAAGUAUAAAUACAUCAAGCAAUGCUGGACCAGAUAGUUUGGACUCUGAGAAGGCAAUGGAUGCAGAACAUAAGCCUGAGCAAAGUACUCAGACAAGAGGAAAAAAAUCUAAUUCUUCAAUGAAAUCAACAGAACCUUCUGAUAGUUCCCUUAUUGAUGAUGAGUUGGAAAAUAAGAAAUUACCAGAUCAUAACAGUCAAAACAAGGAUGUGCCCGGUUCACCUGUUGAGGACCCAUCUGUUGAGGCUGCUGGGCCAUCAGAAAAUGAAAAAGAGACUUCUAUUAAGCCAUCCUCACCCAAGCCUUUGGAGGAUGAAUCUGGAAAUGUUGCCCAAUCACCAAGUGGGAGCCUUCCAGAUGGUCAUUCCAAAAAGGCUGGUGGAAGACAGAAGAAAAAAGAGAGCUUAAUUAAGGAUGCCACACCAUCUGCAGACGAUGCUUCCAAAAAGGUUUCCGAAGCCACAAGUGAUUCAGAAGUAAAACCAAAUAGACGCUCAGGGAAAAAGGUGUCUAAUGAGAUUUCCAUUGAGAAUAAAACUCCGACUGUGGUAGAUGCUUCAAAAAAGGGCAGUAGCAGCAUUAAUGAUUCAGAAGAAAAGCCAUUGAAGCAGUCAGCUAAGAAGGUGGAUGGAAGCAGUAAGAUUGGUGCUGGAUCCUCUUCAAAGCAGCCGCAGGACAAGAAAAGGCGAGCACGGGGAAAAGGUUUUUCUGAAAAGGAUGCAACAAAAUCUUCUGCUAAAGAUGAUGACAAAGAAGUGGUGUCUUCACCGAAGUCAGUCACGAAAUCAACUAAAGAUGAUCGUGACUUGGACACUCCUAAGUCAAAUUCCAAGAGGAAGCGUACUUCAGGCAAAGAAAAAGUGUCUAAAUAUGGUGAGAAUUUAGUUGGUUCAAGGAUUAAAGUUUGGUGGCCAGAUGAUCAGGCGUUUUAUGAAGGUGUUAUUGAUUCUUUUGAUCCUGCCAGUAAGAAGCAUAAGGUCUCAUACAAUGAUGGUGAUGAAGAAAUAUUAUCUCUUAAGACAGAAAGGUUUGAGUUAAUUGAAGAUGACUCGGGGUCAGAUGGGGAACAAGCAAGUGAUCACCCAAGUCCUGAUGCUUCCACUGAAACGCCCUUGAAGAAGAAAGCAAAAAGAAACUCGAAUGAGACAACCAAGCAAGGAAAGAUGGAUGCCUCGCUGAAAAAUUUACUUUCUAGGGGUGGAGGUACUUCCUCCAGCAAAUCCAAAGGUACAUUGGCAAAAUCUGGUCGUAAAUCCCAUGAUGGCAUUAAAGUUGAUAGCAAGUCCAAAGAUGAUUCUCGCAAGACUGUAAGUAAAUCAGAGAAUGUCAAUAGUGGCAAAUCUAAGGAUCAUACGCCUAGAGGUGGCAGUAGUAAAUCAGUUGAUGCUGCUCCUAAAUCAGCUGGGAAAUCCAAGGGCAAUGAUCCCAAUACACCCAAGACUGGCAAAAUUAAGGAUGAUGAUACAAGCACAGCCAGAGCUUCCACCAAGUCCAAGCAAGACAUUGCAAAGACUGGAAAGUCCAAGCAGGACACGUCCAAGAGUACCUCCAUUUCCAAGGGCAAAAGCCCCAAAAGUGGUGGCAAGUCUAGUGCUAAUGGUACUGGCAAGGUGAAAUCUGGCGGUGGUUCAUCAAAGUCAAAAGAGAGUGAGGAUGUGAAGGAGAACUCAACUGAUUCUGCAAGGCCUGAAAGAACAAAGACGAAGUCGCCAAACUCAUCGAAAGCACCAGGGAGCGACUCCAAGAGUGGGAAGAAGCGACGGAGGGGAGUUAAAAGUUGAUUUGCCUGCUCGUUGCUUUGAAGCUGCCUGGUCUUUUCUCCUACAUUAAUGUUUGAAUCUUCUAUCACCAUCUUAGCAGCUUUGUUUGAUAUCUGAUCACCGCAGUUAAGAGCAAGCUUUCAAAUUAGGUAUUCAACAUCAUCUUUUGACAUAAUUCCUGGAUUGUGACUAGUUUGUUAUCCACAGGUAGUUUAGUUUAUAGUCGUUUUAAGGUUCAAGUUAGUUUUGCUCUACAUUCUUGUUUUAGAUGAAAUUUAAUACUAUUUGGGUGACAGCAGUAGAAAACAUUGGUUAGCUUUGUUUAAAAAAAUGUUUUUAUAGGUAGUGUAUUAGAGAUUCAACUUGCUGGCCGAUUGACCGACCUCUGUUUAUGAAUUUCCUAGCCUUAUUUCA